AUGACAAAGGUCGGUGAAGGGGAAUGGGGUCCUGAUGCAGACGAUGACGAGACGUCCCUGGGCCUCGUGACGACCAACAGCACCGGCGUCGAAGUGACGGGCCUGAAGCCGUUCACGCUCUACACCUUCCGCGUGGCUGCAGUCAACGGACUUGGCCCGAGCAGACCGUCUCUGGCGUCCUACGCCUUGGCCACCAUGCGAGAAGACCUGACCUGA